CGGGGCCGGGGCGGAAGGCGGAGCUACGCCGGGUUCCGUGUGUCUGUGUCAAUGUGUCUGUCCUUCACUCCUCCAUUGUCUGCCUCAGCCGCUGCCGCCGCCACUGCUGCUGCAGGAUCCGCCGCAGCCACCAGUCUCGCGCGUCGUCGCUCCCUCCUUGGACAGUAAUUUUAUGAAUAAGCAUCAGAAGCCGGUACUAACAGGCCAGCGGUUCAAAACCCGGAAAAGGGAUGAAAAAGAGAAAUUCGAACCCACAGUCUUCAGGGAUACACUUGUCCAGGGGCUUAAUGAAGCUGGUGAUGACCUUGAAGCUGUAGCCAAAUUCUUGGACUCUACUGGCUCACGACUAGAUUAUCGUCGCUAUGCAGACACACUCUUUGAUAUCCUGGUGGCUGGCAGCAUGCUUGCCCCUGGAGGAACACGCAUAGAUGAUGGUGACAAGACCAAGAUGACCAACCACUGUGUGUUUUCAGCAAAUGAAGAUCAUGAAACCAUCCGAAACUAUGCUCAGGUCUUCAACAAACUCAUCAGGAGAUACAAAUAUUUGGAAAAGGCAUUUGAAGAUGAAAUGAAAAAGCUUCUCCUCUUCCUUAAAGCAUUUUCUGAAGCAGAGCAGACAAAGUUGGCAAUGCUGUCUGGGAUCCUGUUGGGCAAUGGAACCCUCCCGGCCACCAUCCUUACCAGUCUCUUCACCGACAGCUUAGUCAAAGAAGGCAUCGCAGCCUCGUUCGCUGUCAAGCUUUUCAAAGCCUGGAUGGCAGAGAAAGAUGCCAAUUCUGUCACCUCUUCAUUGAGAAAAGCCAACCUGGACAAGAGGCUGCUUGAACUCUUCCCAGUGAACAGACAGAGUGUGGAUCAUUUCGCCAAGUACUUCACUGACGCAGGACUGAAGGAGCUGUCAGACUUUCUCCGAGUCCAGCAGUCACUGGGCACCAGGAAGGAACUGCAGAAGGAGCUGCAAGAGCGACUGUCUCAGGAAUGCCCCAUCAAGGAGGUGGUGCUUUACGUCAAAGAGGAAAUGAAAAGGAACGACCUUCCGGAGACAGCUGUGAUCGGGCUGCUGUGGACCUGCGUCAUGAACGCUGUGGAAUGGAACAAGAAGGAGGAGCUGGUUGCUGAGCAGGCUCUUAAGCACCUGAAGCAAUACGCUCCCCUGCUGGCCGUGUUCAGUUCCCAAGGCCAGUCAGAGCUUGUCCUCCUGCAGAAGGUUCAGGAAUACUGCUAUGACAACAUCCACUUCAUGAAAGCCUUCCAGAAGAUCGUGGUUCUCUUUUAUAAAGGUUUUAGGUUGCCAUGACAACUAGCACUAAAAAUGAGUGUUGAGCGCUCUAGCUGAUCUCCGUCUCCAUACCUACAGCAUACAGAAGUGAUGUUCGGCUGCCCGAGGGCCAGAUUGCAAGUUCUGUGAGGGGGAAAGGAGCAGUUGGGAGAUAGAUUUUGAGCAUUGCAGAAGGCCCAUUAGAGGUGUUACAUGCAUAAGUGGCAGUGGCAUAAUAUAAAGUAAUAUAAGCUAAGCCCUUACUUUCCCUUUGUGAUUUCAGAAUUGACAGUAGUGUCUUUCUUAGUUUUUUUACUAGUAUCAAUUGAACAUAUGAUGGAUUUUGAUCAUAUUCACACAUGCCCUGUUACCCACUCCUGUCCCCUUCCUGCCCCCGCCCCCGACUCCUACCCAUUUCCUUUAUUCCACCCAGCCCCUUAUCGCCUUAAUUAGGGUGAUGGACAGCUGCGUCUCUCACACCUGCCCAGCAAAGUUGUCUACUUUGAAUAAUAACUUUAGACUUCGUGUUGCAAAUUUUUUUAACAUGAUUGAUUGAUAGUUAUUUUUUAAAUGCUUAGUGGAAAAUUCGUUUCACUAUGAAUUCAUCUUAUUCACCAGUGGUUGGGAUGGGGGGGUGACAUUCAUGUUUGCAGAACGAUAAGUGUACUGGCUACUUUUAAGUAACCUUAACACUACUAGAGUCACUUGGAAAAAAGAACCUCAGUUUAGAAAAUGCCCAUACCAAUUUGGCCUGUGGACAACCUCUGGGGCGUUUUCUUAAUACAAUUGGCUAAUGUAGGAGUGCCCAGCUCAUUUUGCACGGUGCCACCCCUAGCACGGUGGACCAGUAUGCUAUAAAUAAACAGACUAAAUAAACCAUGAGGAACAAACCAGUAAGCAGCAUAGGACCUCCAGGUUCCUUCUCUGACUUCCUUGGAUGACAGACUACAAAUUGUAAACUGAAAUAAACCCCUUCUUCCCAAAGUUGCUUUUAAAGGUCAUUGUUUUAUCACAGCAUUUGAAACCUAAACUAAGACGGUGAGGUAUUUUGUAAUAUUUAUUUUAGUAAAAGAAUAUAGUAGCCAUUCCAGGGAGGUGGCUCAGUAGAUAAAGGAACUUGCUGCCAAAGGUGACAAUUGAUGUUAGAUUCCUGACACCCACGUGGUGGAACUGGAGAACCAACAAGUUGUCCUCUGAUCUCCACAUGUGGCUCACUGUAGCAUACACACGAUAAAUAAACUAAGUAUAAUUUGAUUUAAAAUUAAAAAAAAAUUUAGUAACUGUUAGAUCUCAUUUGAGAUUAUUCAUCAUUAGUUCUGUUUGGAUGUGGACCAAAGAUACUAGUAGUGCUUUAAAUUUGAGGCUCACCAAAAUGUCUCAUUAAAACUAAACCUGGGGCUAGAGAGGAGACUCAACUUCAGUUAAGAGCACUGAGUGGCUGCUCUUGCAGAAGACCCAAAUUCAAUUCUAGCACCCAUAUAGUUACUAGCAAUUGUGCAUGACUCCAGCUCCCUGGGAGAAUGAACCCCCUUUUCUGGCUUCUUCAGGCACUGCAUGCAUAUGAUGUUGAGACAUGAAUGCAGACAAAAACACCAAUAUACAUAAAUAAAAAUAAGAAAAUUCUGGGGGCUGGAGAGGUGGCUCAGUGGUUAGGGAGACUUGUUGGUCUUGCAGAGGACCUGGGUUCAGUAUCCAGCGCCCACAUGGUGGUCCGCCAUUAUCCAUAAUGACAGAUUGAGGGGAUCUGACAGCCUCUUCUGAUAUGGUGUCUGCAUGUUCUGUGCAUACAUACCUGUUGGCAACCCCCUCGUUUGUACAAAAUGAGUUUCCUUAAAGAACUGUUCAGGUUAUACUGCCAGCACCUCGCCAGCAGUUCUGACCACCCACACCACAGCCGACUCAUCUGAGGCUGAGAAAGAGGGCUCUGCGUUUGCCUUCUACCCUCUGCAUCCGCAACCAAACACUGCGUUACUGAAAGGUUUUCUGUCUGAGGCACCAUAGCUUAAAUGUUAAUUUCUCUAAAGUAGCCCCCAUUUUUCUAUUUUAUUUAAUAUUUAAUUCACAGAAAGAGGGAGAGAGAGAGAGAGAGAGAGAGAGAGAGAGAGAGAGAGAGAGAGAUGACUUGUUACUAGGAACAACAUCAGCACAGUUUGUCCUUGCUUGUAACCACAGUACCUGACAGAAGUAACUUGUAGAAAAGAAAAUGUUCAUUCAAGAAAAUGGUGUCACUGGUUUCAAACCAUGAUAGUAGGCAUGUGGCAGAAGUUGUUCACAGGAAGCAGAGUGAGACCAGUACCUGAAGCCAGGCACAACCUUCAGAGACCCACUCCGAGCGCCUUAUUUCUGCCACCGCCCCUACCUGCAAAAGGGUCUACCACCUGUAAUAGUCCCAUGAGAUGGGGGACAAGCCUUCACACAUGAGGUUUGUGGAGAGCAGGCAGGGUGGAAGUGGCAGGUAGAGUGCUGAGUUCUCUCUGUACCUGCUGAUGCCAGCAUCCUUCUCCAGGAUGCUCCUCAUGGCAACCGAUGACAAGAGCUAAAACUGACGGACUGACUGGUCUCCGGUCCCAAAUUCUAUGGAGUGAUGGCCUGAAAUUAUGAAAUCACCUAGAAUAUAAAAGGCAGUGGUCCUUCCACUGACUGGGCAGUCAGCUCAUAAAGUAACCUGAAGCCAGUCAUGUCUGUAGCCAGAAAGGCUCCUGCAUCACAUUUAUUUUCCUGGUUUGAAUGGAAAUCAGAUUGUUUUUCUUCUUCUUCUUCUUCUUCUUCUUCUUCUUCUUCUUCUUCUUCUUCUUCUUCUUCUUCUUCUUCUUCUUCUUCCUCUUCCUCUUCCUCUUCCUCUUCUUCUUCUUCUUCUCCUUCUCCUUCUCCUUCUUCUCCUCCUCCUUCUUAAUCUUCUUUUCUCCUCCUCCUCCUUCUUUUUCUUCCUUUCUCCUCCUCCCCCUCCUCCUCCUCCUUUUUUUUUCUUAUUUUUUUUAUUUUUUUUAAAGUUUAUCAAAACUUUAGUUAACAGAAAAA